CGUUGCUGUGCCGAAUGGGCAGUAUCUUGUUGGGAGUCAUUUUAUCAGGCUCAUCGACCAUAUCUGCAUGAAAUCUCGCUGUGUGGAUGCACGAUAUUGCAAAGAUAACCCAGAAAGGUGAGGAUAACGCCAGAGGAAGCGGAUGAGCUUACGACACGAAUGUUAGCUCAUCCAAUUGGUAAUUCGGAGACGGUGUGUUCGAGCCCCGAGUCUCUGAGUUCCCUUGGUUGGUAUCAUCUUCCUUCAGGUCCCACUAAACGGAGGUAUGAGCUAAGAUUUUGUGCCAUGUCUGGCCUCUAUUAAGAAUUAACAUCAUUUCACUUGCCCCACCGACAAAGUAACACGUAAGUGCUUGCAUUUUAUUCACAACUCGACAUGGGUUUUCGUUUUUUAAACGACGUCUCAGUACGAGAUGCUGCAUGUGACCCCCCCGAUGUACGCCCCAGAGGUGCUGAGAACGUGCGAAAAGUUGGUGGACCAGGAAGGGUACUUGGACGUGGAUAAAAACACCCUCCAGCAUAAAAAGUACCCGAACAUCUUCGGCGUCGGAGAUUGCACCAACAUCCCUACUGCGAAGACGGCCGCCGCGAUAUCCGAGCAGUUGCGCGUGUUGAAGAUGAACCUGUUCCUCCAAAUGGAAGGGAAGCCUCUGAAACUCCUCUACGACGGAUAUUCUUCCUGCCCGCUGCUCGUCGGGUUCGACAAGUGCAUCUUGGCCGAGUUCGAUUUCGACGGGGAACCGCUGGAGACGUUCCCGGUGGACCAAGGAAGCCCGCGACGGUUUCCGUUCUUUCUUAAGAGGGAUUUCAUGCCGCGUCUCUACUGGCUGGCGCUUCUCACGGGAUUCUGGGACGGGCCGGGUCGGUACAGGAAAAUGAUGCACCUGGGUAUGGGUCGCUGACGGGCUACAACGAAGACGGUGCUCUACUUCAUCUUCGCUUUGAUUUCUUCUUAAAUGCGUUGGGAUUUGGGCUUUCAUUGUAUCAGGUGUUUACCUAUGAAGUUGCCGUUUUUACGAAUUAUGAACUUUGACAUCCGAUAACUCUAGUUUUGCCAUGAUAUUUUCACUUCAUUAUUCUUUUGUGUGAAAGAUACAUUCUUUCUCUUUUUGAACAGGUAUAGUAGUCAACAUUGUCUCUUAAUUAGUGUGUGCAAAAUCAGCUUUUGUGGAGAAAUGGACAAAUUAAAAAUUCAGAUAAUUUUUUAACAUGAGUUCCGUCGUGAUACCAAUGCGGCACAGACAGCCCGGAAUAUCAACGACACAUAUGGACCAACUACCACUAACGAACGUACAGCCCGGUAUUGGUUCAAUCGUCUCCGUUCUGGAAAUU